AUGGGGUAUCAGUCUUAUUCUUCUACGAUAAGCUGUGAAAUCCGAAUCAUUAGAGCCAAAAAUAUAGAUAUCAAAACCCAGGGAGAAGUAUUUGUUAGAUGUUAUCUGUCUGCAGGAAACAACAAAAGAGUCCAAAUAAACACCCAACAUAUCCCAACAAAAUCUGAUUUGCUUUGGAAUGAAACUUUCUCUUUAGACUGCUCGGGAAGUGAUGAGGACUCCAUUUCCUUGCUCAAACAAGGAAGUGUCAUCUUCGAGCUCAGGUGGAGAAGCACUGCGCCAUUCAUUGGCAGAAUCAACGGCUCAAAACUCUUGGGAAGAGCUGAGAUUCCGUGGAAAAAUAUCUUUUUAUCACCAAAUAUGGAAAUUGAGAAUUGGGUUGUAAUGAUCCCAAAUGAUAAUAAAUGGGUAGACGAAGAUGCCAAACCAGCUGCAGUGCAAAUAGGAAUGAAAAUUCAAGAAUCUGCAGUGGCGUCUAUAAAAAGAAGGAAAAAUGAUAGAAAGUGGGAUGAGUGUGGCUGCUGCAUGGAUGUCGGUAAUGAAGAAGAUACUGAAGCCAAAUAUGGAGGAUUUCUAGUUAAGGUUUCCAAUACGCUCGUGGUUCUAGAUUUGAGAGGAUUCGAUGGCAAACAUCGAUGUUACAUAGAAGAAUUAUUGGCAAGAGAGAUGAUUGUAGCUGAAUGGCCUAUUGAAGGAUAG